UUCAAAAUCAGGGUUUUAGGGUUUACAUCCUCCAUGCUUAUAAAAACCAAUAAAUGUCGUCCAGUUCUCCAACCGCAUUCAACCGCCGCCGCCUUCUCCCUCUCAUCUUUCCCAAACCAAUCCAUAGCUCCAAUCUUCCCAUUCUUAAUCCAUGGGAAGCGAGGGCACUGCUCGAAGACCCUUCUGCCACCGCUGCUCGAAGCCGGCCCGCACCUGCCUUUGCGACCGGCUCAAUUCGCCGCCGCUAGACAAUUCCAUCGCCGUCACAAUCCUUCAGCACAGCCUCGAGAAAACUCAUCCUCUGAAUUCCGCCAGAGUUGCCAGACUCGGCCUUAAAAACUUCUCCGUGAACUCCGUCACCGAUGUUGUCUUCCGAGCACAGUUCCUCAUUCACCCUCUGGAACCGAGUCAAGAUCACAUUUUUUCUCAUGUCGCCGGAAAUCGCAAUGAGAUUCUGGUUUUGGAUGAAAGAUUGGGUUUUUCUUCGAGAACUUCCGGCAUUUGUCUUAAUUCAGAUGCGUCAACUCCAAACACUUCUGCUAUUGACCAGUUUCAGUCCGACAGAUCACGUUCCUGCUCAAUAAUUCCAGAAUCGGAGAAAAAAUCCAAUCUUUCACAAUCUAUUUCCAGCGUUUCUAACGGUUAUAAUCAGAUUCGCUGCACUGCGAUAGAUGAUGAGGUUACGAGGAGCUUCACUAAGCAUACAGUCACCUACUCUUCUAAAUAUAUCUUUGUGGCGAUGGAAAGAACAGCAAAGCCUGAUAUUGGCUGGAUUCUGAACUAUCCAGUUGGGAGAGCUGCUGUUUCAAAUGGUUUCAUGGUUAAGAAGUUGCAGAGAAAAAAGAAGUUGCAAAACAGUGAAGAGUUCGAAGACUUUGAAGAGUAUAAUCUUCUUAUUCCUCAGGGAUCAGUCCUCCUCUUCCCCAGUUCCAGUGCUGUUGAGCUCACAGAGUUGGAUCAUGAGGUGAAGCAUCUGAUUGUGUUGGAUGGCACUUGGGCGAAGGCAAGACGGAUGUACUAUGAGAAUCCAUGGUUGAAGCUUUUGCCUCAUCUGAAGUUGAAUCAGAGGAAGGAGAGCUUGUACAGUGAAGUGAGGCAUCAGCCAAAGGCUGGGUUCUUAUCUACAAUAGAGAGCAUUGUUUGUGCUCUCAAGGGGUUGGGAAACGACAUGGAGGGUUUGGAUGAACUUUUAGAAGUGUUUGAAUCUAUGAUAAGAGAUCAGAGGCGCUGUAAAGAUGAAAAAUUCAAGGCUGUGGCAAGGGGAGUUAUGGACGAUGAUGAUUCAUAACGAGUUUAUGAGCAAUGGAGAUUAAUAUAGAAGAACUUGUGAGUUUUUUGGAUUUUUUUUUUCAAAUCCAAAAGCAGAUAGUAAAUGACCAUUGUUUAUCAUUGAAUUGAUAGAUUGAUAUCAUUUUUGCAGAAGAAAAUUGUCUGCCAUGCUUAUGGAAGAAAAAUAAAUUCAUGUAUAUGUUUAGAAAGACUUCUCUUGAUGCCUUGCAUGUUCAUAUGUUGCCUUUGCAGCAAGUAAAAUAUC